UACGUACUGGACAUAGAAAGGCCUGGGAAUGAGCUGAUUGUACGAACAGCAAAGGCAUGCCUGACCCGUGCUGAUUUUUGGACCUUGGGCUUAAACCGAGACAUGGAGUCUACCAUUGGAAAUGGUUGUUUUCAACUGAUUGACAGAAUUGCAGAGUCAAAGGGAAAGGACAUUCAUAUUGUUGACCUGUAUACCGUACCAACAUGGUUACCCCCAAUGAGCUGUGAUCCAAUGUUAAGUCUGCCUGAUGAUGCUCCCUUAAAAGAAGCGGUGGUGAUUCCAAUAUGGACACCAGGACACUACCAGCUGUGUGUUUUGAAACCAGCACAGAGAGUGAUUCUCUGUCUAGAUUCUAAAUGUGCUGAGACACCACAUGGAUUCGGUGCCCAGACAUACAAAUCGCUGUUGAGGGAAAUUGCAUGUAGGAUUAUACCGGGAAAAUGGACUGAAAAAACAGGCCUUGAUUUACUGGUUGGCUGUCUAUCUAAUCUUUCCUUCUAUCUAUCUGUAAUCUAUCCAUCUAUGAAAUUGUGCUUAUUCCCGCCUUUCAAUAUAAUUAAGGGUUUUCCAGGACAACCAUAUGGAAACGACUGUGGUAUAUUUAUGUUGAUGUCUGCAUUGUACAUAGUGCUGGAUGCCCCAUUUGACUACACAAUUCUGGACAUGGCAGAGCUGAGGAAAUGGUGGUGCGUCAUGUUAAUGGAGAACUUCAGACUGGAACAACAUGGAAAAUUGUUUGCCCACUAUGCUGAGGAGUCCAAAGCCUUCCUUAGAGGUGAGCAGCAGCCUGUAUUUAGGUUGCGAAAAAGGAGGUUUGAAGAAAUCUCUCAGGAAGAGCCUUUCCACGUACAGGUAGAUGAAACUGAUCUUUUCACCCCUGAAUUUGCAUCAAAGAAGCAGGUGGUUCAGUCUCCACGAAAAGUGCGUGUCAUGACGGAUCUUAAAACUGCCAGUCAGUGGUGCAUAGAGAACUCUAGGGAUCUUCUCGGAUCAGUUCAGCUUCCUGGUAUACUGUGCAUGGAGGAUGAAGAAGCUGCUGAGGCCUUGGAACCAUUGUUCUGUGACGAGUUCAGCAAGGACGAUCUUGUAGAGCCACUGACAUUUGUUUUUGAAUUUAUGCAAGACAUGCAUGCAUUUUUAGAGAAUGUGGUGGACAAAAUGCAUCUGCAAAUUUUUUGUCGAACACAAAAUUGAAAGACAGUUUUAUAUUUUUAUAGUCCGUAACAUUUCAUUUAUUUUACGUAGUAAAAUUAUUCAACUACAGUAAAUGUGAAAAACCCACAUGCAACACCAUGUUUUUGUUUUAUUAUUUAUUAAAGUCAACAAUCACCAACUGCUGUGUGUCUUAUUUUAUGGUGUGUCAGUUUUGGAAAGAAUAUUAUCAUUGGCUGUGACUAGGAGACUUGUUAAUUAAUGAUUUAAUAAUUCAUUA